CCACACUUUCCUCGUGAUCGUCUCCUGUUUUUACGUAUCGCAACAUGAGGUUCAUUGGCGCUAGUAUCCUCUUAGUCCUAGCUCUAGGCUCCGCGCAUGCUGGAUUUCUAGAAGGUGGCCAUGGUUAUGGCGGCGGCGGUGACCUUGGUGGCCACGACAUCGGGGGCGGCGACAUCGGUAGUGGCCAUGACCUUGGCGGCGGCGGUUUUGGUGGCGGCGGCGGUUUUGGUGGCGGCGAUGGUGGAUAUGGAGGCGAUGGCGGCGGUUUCCAGGCCAGCGUCGAGACUCAACAUCACCACAUCCCUACGAAGACCAUCGAACACACCCAGCCCGUGCACAUCCCAGUGGUUAAGAAAGUCGGAGUCCCAGUACCUCACCCUGUGGGAGUCCCAGUUCCACAGGUUGUAAAAGUUCCCGUUCCUCAACCCUACCCCGUACACGUGAACGUACCACAUCCCAUCCCUGUACCAAUCUACAAAUUGGUCCCCCAGGAAAUCGAAAAGAAGGUACCCAUUUCCGUGGAAAAGUUGGUACCCGUGUACAUAGAGAAACCUUACAAGAUCGAAAUUGAGAAGCAUCACCCUGUAUACGUGAACAAACCAUACCCAGUGCACGUGCCGGUGUACAAACAUGUCUACCAUCACGUACCCAAGCACGGAGGUGGCGGCGGCGGCGACGGAGGUCAUGGAGGAUGGCAUUAAGCGUCUUUAGUCUUAGUCUUUCAUCUCAUCAAAUUUAAUCAUCGCGUUUCAUCUCCCCAUCAUCCUCAUCAUUGUUAUUAAUUUUUGUACUGUUGUUAUUUCUUUGUUAAUAAAUUUUUCUAUAAAA